AUGGGGGAUUGGAACCUGCUGGGCAGCAUUCUAGAGGAGGUGCACAUCCACUCCACCAUCGUGGGCAAGAUCUGGCUGACCAUCCUCUUCAUCUUCCGCAUGCUGGUGCUGGGCGUGGCGGCGGAGGACGUGUGGGUGGACGAGCAGAGCCAGUUCGUCUGCAACACGGAGCAGCCGGGCUGCAAGAACGUCUGCUACAACAGCGCCUUCCCCAUCUCCCUCAUCCGCUUCUGGGUGCUGCAGAUCGUCUUCGUCAGCUCGCCGUCGCUGGUCUACAUGGGCCACGCGCUCUACCGGCUGCGCACGCUGGACAAGGAGCGUCACCGGCGGCGGGUGCAGCUGCGGGCCGAGCUGGAGGGGGGCGGCGGAGAAGGCGACCCCCUGCUGGAAGGGGAGGCCGGCGGGGGCGGGGGCAUCGAGCACCGGCACCGGCUGGAGAGGGAGCUGCGGCGGCUGGAGGAGACCAAGAGGGUGAAGAAGGCCCCGCUGCGGGGCUCCCUGCUGCGCACAUAUGUCAUUCAUAUCCUGACCCGCUCGGUGGUGGAGGUGGGCUUCAUCGUGGCCCAGUAUAUCUUGUACGGCCUGGGCCUGGACCCGCUGUACCAGUGCAACUCGUCGCCGUGUCCCAACAUCGUGGACUGCUACGUGUCGCGGCCCACGGAGAAGACCAUCUUCAUGGUGUUCAUGAUCGUGAUCGCGUGCGUCUCGCUCUUCCUGAACCUGCUGGAGAUAUCGCACCUGGGCGUCAGGCAAAUCAAGCAGUCGCUGGCCGGCCUGAGGCCCAUCCACGACUGCGACAGCCUGGGCAACCUGGUCCACAAGAUCCCCAACCUUCCAUCGCAGCAUCAGCUGUGCCUGGUGGCCAACAUGUCCCCGCAGAAGAAGAACUCGGGGGCGCUUCUGCCGACCAGCUUCGGCACACCUGAGGGACUCACUGACCCCAAUCUUUACCUGACCUCAGCCAUGGACUUAAUACCUCCAACCCGGCAGCUGCGUCUGUCCAGCCAGGGCCGCAUCCAGGGCCUCCGCUUCCAGAUGCCCCCCGAGCGGGGCAUCUCAGAGAGCCAGCCCCAGCUCCCGGCGCUCAUGCACCACCCGCAGCCCCUGCACCCCCAGUUCCCCUCCACCUCCGUUCCUGACCCCCUCGGCGGCGGGGGGGAGCCCCACAGACGGCUCUCGGUGCUGACCCAACCGUCCCACGAGCUGCAGCUCCAGCACCUGCAGCAGCACCACCCGGGCGGACCCUUGCAGCCCAACCACAUGACCGCGCCGCGCCUCUCCAUGCCCGCGCUGCCCUCGCACCUGGCCCAGCACCGGCCCAGCUUGGCCGAGUCGCGGCGCCUCUUCCUCCAGCAGCAUCAACAGCAUCAACAGGACUACUCGUCGGACAGCGACGUCCCGUACCCGGCGCGGGCGGGGCAGCGCAAGGCCAGCUUCAUGGCCCGCCUGCCGGCCUCGGACAGCGCCACCACCUCCAACGUGUCCAGCUGCCCGUCCAGCCAGCAGCACAGCUCGGAGGAGUCGGAGCUGGGCUCCCUCACCAACGUGGCCGGCAGCGGCAACCCCAUGCUGGGCGGCGGGCGCCGCAUGUCCAUGGCAAGUAAAGCCAACAGACUCAUGGAAUCAGACCUGCUCAUUUAG